AUUUCCCUUGAUGUUGACAUCCAUCGACUACCACACACUCUCGCCGAACGAGCUCGAAGCGCUCAAGACGAGCAACGGCCUCACGCUCUUCAAUAACACGGUGUGUCCGUUGGCGCACCGCGCGCUCUGGACCGCCGCCGAGGUGCAGGCGCCGCUGGUGCGCAUCAUCGAAGUACCCAUCCACGCGGCCAUGCCCGCCAGCUACAUCGACAAGUUCAACCGGUUUCGGUCGGUGCCAUGCUUGCUCGACGACGGACUUGCCGUAUACGAGUCGAUGAUCGUCGCCCAGUAUUUAGACGCCAAGUUCAACGACGGCAAGCUCUUUGUUGCUGACGACCCGGCGGGUGCCGCGCUGUCCAACCUCGUAGUCGCCAAAUUUGACAUUGUCCCGUCCAUCUUUGCGUUUCUUCGCAACAAGGACGCGGCCAAUGACGACGAGCUCCAAGCAAUUAUGCUCGCCGGCGUCGCGGGCCUCGAGCGCAUCUACCGGGAAGACGCCGCGGCGUUCCGUUCCCGUGGCCCCUACCUUCUCGGCGACCGGUUGAGCCAGGCCGAGAUUGCACUAGUGCCGCACCUCUUCCGCUUCUCGCUCCUUCUGCGCACGUAUCGGAACACGGAGCUGCUGCAUGCGUGUCCGCUGCUGGCGGCGGCCCUCGAAGCAGCAACCAAGCGGCCGGCGUUUCAAGCGGCGACCUGCAAGACCGACGUGUACCUCACUGCCGGCGCCAAGGUCGUCGGCUCGUAAAUCGACUCUCGAUCGCGCACAAUGCCAGCCAUGACUUUUUGUUCCAUAAAGAAUACCACAAAGAAACCACAGUGCAC